AAUUUAAAAAUGGCGGGGAUUUGAAGUCUACUCAUUCGGUGUGAAAGGAGGUAUUUUACAACAUUUCGGGAGGUGAUCACCUUGGGAAAAUACCUAUUUCUCAUGAAUGAUUUAAUUUAUAAUUUGGAGGAUGGAAGAGAGGAAGGAAAAUUUUAUUGAUGUCUCACUUUAGCUGUGAACUAUUGACAAGUCUGAGGAGUAUGCAACGGAAAGACGAGUUUGUUUAUGAUUUUCUGUAAAAUGGAGCAUUCGAGACAGAUACUCUCACUGACAGGCGCUGCUGUAAAUGCGUUGUCGAGCGUUCAAGACUUCCACAAGGACAAAAAAGCUAAAACAAUAGGAGGAUUGCCACAGGGGACUUACACACCUCCACGCAAACGACAUGUACAAGAUGCAACUCAACCUGUUUCAGCCAUGAAUCCGCCUGUUACUAGGGCUAAUUCCGCAACGAAUGACAGAGCUGUUGACUCUGUUAGUGGGGAGUUACAAGACCAGUCUUCAUCUUCACUUCUUGAUCUGACUUUCAAUGGAACUCAGAGAGUGAGAGUGCCUUCAAAAUUACUCCGUGAAAUUAAGUCUCCAAUGGAAAGGAGUUCUUCGUCGGGCAAUUCCAGACAAACCUUACAGGAAAUGGACAUAGUUGAUGAGCAUGUUGUUACAAGACCAUCUCCUGUAAAAGUUGUCAGACAUGUAAAUGGUCCAUCAGCCUGGGUUGAGUUAAACUCAGCUGAUCAUCCUUCCAGUCACAUUCCUUCAGAUCCUGUCAUUAGAGAACAUUCUGUAAAUAGUAAUGUGAAUGGAGUGGAUUCUUGUCGAACUAAAGAUGGAACUCUGAUCACAGAACAAGCACCUCAAGUCACAGUGCGACAUCUUGAGGAUGAAGCUCAUGCAGAGAAAGCAUAUGAAGGAAGAAAGAGCAUUCCCACCAAAGGCUUGUACCAAGGACAGCCAAAGAGUGGAGUCCCAAUUUUCAACCCUGCAAAAGAAAAUGCAAGUGAUGUCAAGAUCAAACGAUUUGUUUUGAAUGACAAAGAAAAGUCUUUAAAAGAACAGUUCUUGAAGAGAAAAGAUGAAAGAAGGCCAGUAAAGAAACUGGUUCAACCUACUGUGGUGUCCCAGGCUGGAGAGACAAGUAACCCACAAGGUGCAGUGAGUAGUGAAAAUCCUGUAGCUACUGCAGCCGCAAUUGCUGCUGCUGCUGCAUCAGCAGCAACUGGACCUUUCCUACAGUUGCAGCAUACCUUGGAAGCUCAGAUUUCUGCUCUUGUAAACAACUUACAAGUUCUACAACAGAAUCACAACAGACAACAGGAGCUACAGGACAAGGAAAAGGAACAGAAACUACAACAACAGCUUGAAGAACGACUGAAGAGGCUUGAAGAUCUGCAAGCCAAGAUGUUGGAGACUCAAUCAGCACCAGCCUCCUAUCCAACUGGCAUGCAACAAGCAACAGCAGCAGUGCUACCAUCCAGUAGUAUGGACAGUGGGAUGCUACCUGUGAGUUGUACGGCCACUGUGGCUGCUCACCAUCCAGCUCAUGUUGCAUCUUCUUACUGCGGUGUAUCUGGGAUAGCAAGGCAGGAUGAAUUUACCCAACCACCACACUCUGUAGCUGGUCACUAUCAUUAUCACCCUCACACUACCGCUGAACCUUCAGCAGAGGACUUUUAAGCGAACUCGCUUUUCAUGACGGGGUGUAUAGAGUUGAGGUUCCUGGAAAGGAAAGUCGCACACUGCCUGCCAGUGGUGACUCUCUUCCACCUAGACCAGAGACAGCCAUGUUGUCAAGUGAUGUUGGAAAAAUUAAAACUGACUUAAAGGACAUUCUGGCUGAGACAGAGAGACUUAAACAAGAGCUGACUAAACAACAGCUAGUCAAGGGUGACGCAAACUCUGGUGUGCUGCACGUUGGACCUCUUGGUGAUGGUCCUUCACCUCUAGAUGAAUAUUUGGAAACCACUCAUAAAUCACACCCACUAAGAAAACCUGUGACAUCAAGACCAUCAGGCUUUCUGCCAUCAAAGUCAGCACACUACUUAGCUGAUGCAGAACGCCUCCUCCAAGAUGUUCAAUAUCGACGGCGAAAUCUGGACAACAAUUUACAGACUCUGAUAAGACAAAGAGAAGAACUUGAUUUGUAUAAUUUUGUGGAUAACAUUCCUUCAUCUGAUGGAGAGUCUGAUGAAAUGCUGAGAAUAAGAAGAGAAGUGGAUAAAAAGAUAAAAGAGAUGAACUCUGCAGUGCAGAGGGAAAUUGAUCUAGAGGAUAGAGGUACUCUAGGGCAAAAACAAAAUUCAGUUCCUUUGAAGAAGCAAACCUCUCAACCACUAAAGGCAACAUUGUCAGGGACUAGAAGGGUGGAACCAAAAGUAACUACAAGAUCAACUGUGACAGGGAAUAAACCAAGUGGAAAAAGUACUGGGAAGGAAAAUCUACCACAGAAGACCUCUACCAGGAGAGGCAAGUCCACUAAAAGCCAAGCCCCUUCCAAGCAGUCUGCUAGAGUGACACCAGCCCAGAAGGAAGUGUACCUUUCAAGUGUAUAUGGCCGCCAACCUCACCACCCACAGAGGACGACGUCUAAGGCACCAUACCUGCACUACCAGUCUCCUGUCAACGCUAAGACAGCUGCAAUAAUGGCUGGGAUCAUGGCCGGUGACAGCAAGCUACCUGGAAAACCUGCUUUGCAGGAUAUGAGUUUCUUUCCACAGAGAGAAUUUUCAGAACCUAGUGGGCAAAAAGCUGAUGCCAGGAAACCUGAGCUCGGUUCUCAAGGGAAACCAAACAAACAAAAAGAAGACAUGCAGUAUUAUUUUCACCCGAGGGUGGACUUGUCACAGGUUGGAGAGGGGGUGUCAAGGGUUGGCGUGCCAUUGGAGGGACAAUUAGUACCCAUGGCUAUACCCCUGGGGAAACCCAAGACUGAUCCAGCAUUACGACCUCCCGUUGUCACCCAACAGCCGCAAGACACAACUCAAGAAGAAGCAAAGGCAGAGAGCCCCUUACCAGAUAGCAACUUAUCUACUGACACAUCUGAGGCCCAUUCCCCUGUCCCCACUCCUGUGAGACCCAGUAGGCCUGCUCAACCAAAUGUGGCAGUGAUUACUGUGUAUGGUAAGGAACUGGACGAGAACAUGGACCAUCAAUACAAACAACACAAAAAGACGUCAGCAAAGAAGAAGCGAAACCCUCUGUCUGUCCAGGUGUUACCUAAAGUGGAUAUCGACAGUUUUUCAGAGGUUUCGUCAUCUUCGUCGAGUUUGCCGUAUGCCACGAACAUCCCAGAGCCUUUUUCCCGUCCAGAUGAUUCUGAGUACCAGGAGUUCAGGAACUUUUUGGCCGUCACGGAAACUGGGAACCAGGAAAAGGAUGAUGAACAGGCUCUUGAUGAGGCAGAUGAUGACUUCCACCGAAUUCCAACACCUCAGCACCCCUUGACACUAGAAGGAUUCACAGAAGCACAAGAUGGACCAUACAAUGGCCCCCCGUUUCCACCAGUACAUCCUCCUGUUUCUGUGCAGCAGACAGGGGGGGUUCUUGAAGCUGAUACUCGGCAACAGGCAGCUCUGGAAGAGAGAGCUAUGGAAUGGAUUGAGCAGGAACUCUUGGCGCGUAUUGUAAGUGAAAUGAAUCAACCAGUACCCGACCCUACCACCCUGAUAAGGCCACAGGCCACCCCUGAAAGUAGCAUUGUUUCGGAGACAGAAGAUGAAGAUGAUGAUAGUACACACCUCCAGAGUCAGAGGAGAGUGUGCAUGAGUCGGCAGUUGUUGUAACUCCAGAACGCUCCCCUACACCCUCAGUAACGAGCGAAGAGCCGAUUCCAUCGGAGAGUGCGGAGGAAGAAAAAGAUGUGGAAUCGAUUAAGGAAGAAAUGGAGAAGAAGGAACAGUCUAGUGAACAGAUCUCUGAGAUCAAAACUCCAGUGACUACCCCAGUCCCAACUCCACCUGCUGUACAGUCCCCUCCGGUCAGUAUAUCUACACCUGAGGCUUCGGUUCAAGAGCUCGGAGAAUCGCAAGAUACCAUAGUUCCCACGCCCCCGCCGUCUGUUGUUGUCAAAACACCAACACCGGAGCCUGAACCCGAGCCGGGACCAAGCAUGGUUGAAGAACCCAGUGAACCAAAGGAACCGGCGGUUAGUCAAAAGGAACUGACACCUCCUCAGCCCGCGAAACAUUCAGUCAGCAGUCCUUCGAGCAUGUCAUCUACCACCCUUGGUGCAACAACAAUAACCACUGAGGAGGAGAUGUCUGAGGGAGAAUUAAUACAGCCAUAUGCACAUGUUGGAAUGUACAGCGAGGGAGAGUUUGCUCUGUCGCCAACCAUUGUACAACUGGCCGCUGAAAAAAAAUUGCCCAUGGGUGAGGACUGGGAUUCAACAAGGUUGGGACACGAUGAUGACAGCCGUAACGAACUCGUUAGGGUCGCUCUCAAUGGCAUCUUAAAAGGUGGCCCAGCGGACAAACGACAUCGACAAGGAUCCAGUGACAACAGCAGUAGGAGCAACAGUGAGUCUGAAGAACAGAUCAGCGGUGUCAGCACUCUGAGAGAUACAGAGGACAUUAGAGAGGAUUCCAUUACUGACGUUUCGCGAAGUGAAGGAGAACUCCCGCACGAUCCAAUGGUAGUUUUGUUGAGUCGCAUUAAACACCACAUGAGGUCAGCGGAGAGUAGUAUGGCCAGUGAAGGGGAGUUGUUAGGAGACCGUUCGCGCAUGCCCCGUUCAAACCAGAAGAAAAGUGGAACAACGCAUGUUGGAGUAGUGGCUUCUGGGAACCUCUCUCCCGGUGAAGUAGUAGGGGAAUCCCCCGAUGUAUCGAGAGACCUUCACCGCGAGCUAGAUAAUGCGAACAAGAGGCAAUACCCAACAUUACCCGUAAACGAAGUCGUUCGGACGACCGAGGAAGUGCGAACUAUUGCCGACGGAGAGCUGAGCGUCGAUGAUCGCUCUCUUCACGCGUCAGACUUGUUACCAAGGACGCUCGGUGCUGCUGAUGCUUUGCCAUUUACACAACUUCAGCGUUCUCAUCCGAGAGUGAUUCAGGUUGAAGAACAUGAGAGUGAGCCUUCAAAUUCGCAGCGGACUUACUCGGUUGAGGAGCGAAGGGAAGAUGGAUCUGCUCUUCUUCGUGAAAACGAGAGUAACGAGCAAGCUGAUGUUCACGGUUUAGAAAUGGGAAGCGCAAGAAAUUCUGAUGUAGAAGCUAAGGAAACAGAACCACAAAAGCCGACUCAAAUCCAAGUGACAUUGCCUUCCAUUGAUGAUGUUACUCACGAGGAAAGCUCAAUACCCAGUGAUGCGCAUAUUUCCAUUGAUCAAGACACGAUUGGUGAUGUGUCAUCAAUUUCUGGAGGCGAUUUUUGAGCAGAAUAUUUAUUUUGUCAUUAUGAUAAUAAGCAAUUUACUGUAGAAACGAUAGACAGCAUGGGAGAUGUGGGUAUUUGUUCAAGUGUAUUUUUGUAGAGAUUUGCACAAUACUAUUUGAAGGAAUAUUUAUGAGAAAUGUGAACCGAUGCAUAUGAAAUAAUUCUAACUUGUUCUACAUUGUUCAUUUUACAAGCGCAGCUUGCUGGGAAUGAACACGAGAGGUUCCGUGUGAGCCUCGACCCUGUGUACCCAACCCAGUUCCCUUGACUUAAGGCCAAACCGUUUCGAACGUGCUUAGGAAACCACAAAAUAUAAACAUAGGAAGAUAAAAGGUCAUGAUAACAAUGUGGGGUUUUAAUUUGAAGCCGGAAGCUUCUUUCGGUUUUUUCCUGUAUCACAUUGAAAUAAACCCGGCUUAAAGAUAUGGGAAUAAACAAAGAAUGAACGGCUCGGAA